CCUGCGUCCGCGGUCUCCGAGUGCACCUCUUCUCCGCCCGCACGCAUCUCUCCUCCGCGGAGCCCCUGCCUGCCGCCAUGUACCGCUGCCUGGGCGAAGCGCUGCUGUUGUCCCGGGCCGGGCCCGCCGUCCUCAGCCCGGCUGCAGCCGACUCAGCCGCCCUGCUAGGCUGGGCUCGCGGGCAGUCCGCCACCGCCCCGCAGCCCGGGCUCGCGCCGCCCGCUCGGCGACAUUACAGCGAGGCGGUAGCUGCCUACGAGGACGACCCCAACUUCUUCAAGAUGGUGGAGGGCUUCUUCGACCGCGGCGCCAGCAUCGUUGAGGACAAGCUGGUGGAGGACCUCAGGACCCGUGAGAGCGAGGAGCAGAAGCGGAACAGGGUGCGCGGCAUCCUGCGAAUCAUCAAGCCUUGCAACCAUGUGCUGAGCCUCUCCUUCCCCAUUCGGCGCGACGACGGCUCUUGGGAAGUCAUUGAGGGCUACCGAGCCCAACACAGCCAGCACCGUACGCCCUGCAAGGGAGGUAUCCGUUACAGCACAGAUGUGAGUGUAGAUGAAGUAAAAGCUCUGGCUUCCCUGAUGACCUAUAAAUGUGCGGUAGUUGAUGUGCCAUUUGGAGGUGCUAAAGCAGGUGUGAAGAUCAAUCCCAAGAAUUACACUGACAAUGAAUUAGAAAAGAUCACAAGGAGAUUCACCAUGGAGCUAGCAAAGAAGGGCUUUAUUGGUCCUGGCAUUGAUGUGCCAGCCCCUGACAUGAGCACGGGCGAGCGGGAGAUGUCCUGGAUCGCUGACACCUAUGCCAGCACCAUAGGGCACUAUGAUAUUAAUGCACAUGCCUGUGUUACUGGCAAACCCAUCAGUCAAGGUGGUAUCCACGGACGUAUCUCUGCUACUGGCCGUGGUGUUUUCCAUGGGAUUGAAAACUUUAUCAAUGAAGCUUCUUACAUGAGUAUUUUAGGAAUGACACCAGGAUUCGGAGAUAAAACAUUUGUUGUUCAGGGAUUUGGUAAUGUGGGCUUGCACUCUAUGAGAUACUUACAUCGCUUUGGUGCUAAAUGUGUUGGUGUUGGAGAAUCUGAUGGGAGCAUAUGGAAUCCAGAUGGUAUUGAUCCAAAGGAACUGGAAGACUUCAAAUUGCAACAUGGCUCAAUCCUGGGUUUCCCUAAGGCAAAGCCCUAUGAAGGAAGCAUCUUGGAAGCAGACUGUGACAUAUUGAUCCCAGCAGCCAGUGAGAAGCAGUUGACCAAAUCCAAUGCACCCAGAGUCAAAGCCAAGAUCAUUGCUGAAGGUGCCAAUGGACCAACAACUCCAGAAGCUGAUAAGAUUUUCCUGGAGAGGAACAUUAUGGUAAUUCCUGAUCUCUACUUGAAUGCUGGAGGAGUGACAGUCUCUUACUUUGAAUGGCUGAAGAAUCUCAAUCAUGUCAGCUAUGGGCGUCUGACCUUCAAAUAUGAAAGGGACUCUAACUACCACCUGCUCAUGUCUGUUCAAGAGAGUUUAGAAAGGAAGUUUGGAAAGCAUGGUGGAACUAUUCCCAUUGUACCCACAGCAGAGUUCCAAGAUAGGAUAUCGGGUGCAUCCGAGAAAGACAUCGUGCAUUCUGGCUUAGCUUACACUAUGGAGCGUUCUGCCAGGCAAAUCAUGCGCACGGCCAUGAAGUAUAACCUGGGGUUGGACCUGAGGACUGCUGCUUAUGUCAAUGCCAUAGAGAAAGUCUUCAAGGUAUACAAUGAAGCUGGUGUGACCUUCACAUAGAUGGAUUGCAGCUGGCUUCUCCACUACCCUCUUCACUUGUAACUUCUGCAAACCUAUCACAAGUUUACAUGUUAACACAGAAAUCUCUUUCUCUUAUGACUUAGUAGAUAAUGAACACCAUUCUCAACAAGUCAUUUCAAAUUAGCUUUGUAUAAAGAAAGAAAUGAAGGUGAGGUGAUGAUGUACAGGCUGAUAUGUAUGAAGGUAGAAAUCAUCCAUGCCAGAAGGCCACUUGGGGUAUUUUGUCUUUGAAUAGAAAGUCUCUUCCAUCUGGCUUUGCUUCCCUGCUCCGUGACUGCAUCCCAACAUGUUAGUUACUGUUGUUUGGGGUAAGCUUCUGUUGUCCAAGAGCAGCCAGUGGCUUGCAUUCUUUCACUUUGACACAUUUAAGAAGUAGGCAUGUGACAUUUUCAGAAGGUGGCAUAGUCCUAAAGUGAGUUACUACAUUUCACAUCAGCAAAAUAACUCAGUUUUGCAGGUUGCAAACAAAAAUAAAAUCUGUUUCUCUUUAUGAAUUUAUUCUUUUAGAAUAAAAUAACUACAUGCUGCUCUAAUAAAAUUGCCUUGAAUCACUUAA